CAUUGCGGUUCCUUAAGAAAAAUGGGUAAAAAAAUGUCUUCACCGUCGCUCACUGAGUCUCAAUUUAUUCGUAUCUGCCGUCUGAUCAACGAUUCUCUCCAUCCUUUCACCGUAUCAGAGAAUUUGUCUUUCAGCAAACAAGAAGAGAAAAACCUUCUUCUCAUUCUCUCUCAGGUCUCAAAUGAAACUCGCCGCUUGAUUCCGUCGGCUGACACCUCUUCUCCAUUAAACCCAAACUCACAAAACCACCAUUGUUUAUCCAAAUCAAUAUCUCACCUGAUUCCUUUGUUAAAUCUGGAAAGCCUAUACAUUCAGCAUUUAGCUGGCAAUGUGCUCGUUACCUUCUCUGAAUUUCUAGCCUCAUCUGUAAAAACCUGGGAAUUUUUUAUCCAUUCGCUCUCUAUAUGCUUAGAAUUAUCAAUCUCGAACAUAUCUUCGUGUUCUUUUGAACCUUCAAUAACUGGAGCUGGAGGUUCUGGUUCUGACUUAUUGAAUCUUGUAGGUUUAUUUAAGCCUAAGUUGAAAAAUACCAGCUUGUUUACAGUAGCUGGAAUUAUCCGCACAUUAAGAAAUAUACUGAAGUUUUUGAAGGAAGAGUGUGAUGAUGAGCUUGUUCUUGUGCUUUUAAAUUCGAUAAGCUUUUUCAUUUCGAAUGUGCCUUGGGAUUCAAUGGACGAGAUCUUUGGUGGAAAUGGUGGUGAAGAUGAUGAACGGAAUGCUUUGUUCUUGGGGAAUUUUAUUCAGCUACUAUCUUCAUUUGUUGACCAAAUUAGUUUUGCGGAAGGGUUAGACGAUUCCCUAGAUAAGAAUGUGAUUCUUUCCAAAAUUAUCAACCUUGUGCCUAAACUUCUAUAUUGGUCCCUUCGCAAGGAAGGCAAGUGUGUCAACACAUGCAUCUCUCGCUACUUUAGCCACAAAUUAUUGGUUUUGAUGAUCAGACUUAGUUUACAAAUACCCCUAGAUUUUUUGGUUCUUGUUUCCUGGUUGCAGCUUCUCCAUAGUUACUUUGAAGACCUUUUAUAUCAACCUUUAACUGAUGUCAUGAAUCAGGAUGAUUAUCUAGAGGACUCUCCUUUUAUGUUAAGUAAUUUUGAUGGAGAAGUACAUAGCAUGCACUCUCGCCAUUUACAAAGACAGGCCAUUUUUCUUUUCUUGAGGUGUUCCUUCAGUUUGAUAAAUCUUGGAAAAGCCACUAGGAAGCAUUAUUCUAGUGCAACUGUGAAGUCAUCCAUAGAUGUUGAUGCAAUUUCAGAGCAGAGUUGUGGUAGAGAGAAAGGUUUAUUAGAGAUUUAUGCAUGGCUUUCGGGACAUGUUGUGGUUGAUAAGCUUGUUGCCCAUGAAAUGUACAGGGAGAAGUCCAUAAACUUUUCAUUUUCCCUCCUCAAACUGUAUACGCAUGAGGAUGACAUAUUAUUCAAAUUUCUCUUGGAACUGCUUUCUCUGCAAGCCUGCGAAGAACAAAAAUUUCACAAAGAAAGACUGGCACCUCAAGAUGAGAUGGAAGAUGUUCUUUUUCAUGUUUCAUAUAUUUUUAAUCCCAUACGCCUGUUUCAUCUCUUCCUUGCAGAGUUGCACUAUGAUCAUCAAGUUCUUCUUGAUUAUCUUAUCUCGAAAGACACAGGAAUUAGCUGUGCAGAGUAUCUCUUAAGGUGCUUGCGCAUCGUUUGUGAUUCAUGGCAAACAUUUAUGGAGUUUUCAGUUUACGGGAAACUAAGUAAUCAAUUAUCUAGCAAGAGAAGAAAAAUUUUGUCAGAAAGCUCCAAUUUUAAGAUAGAGCCGUCAUCUGGACCUGUGAAAACGAUUCCUUUGUCCCUAGAGAAGAAAUUUAAUGGUAACCUUGAAUAUAGACACAUGAAACAAAUGUAUGAGCUAGCCAAAGGUUGUUUGCUUUCUCUGAAAAAGUCCGUGGAGAACCUUCACCUGAAGAAUUUGUUCCCGUACAACCCAGAAGUUCUUCUUAAACGCCUAGAAAGAUUUCAGGAAUUGUGCUUUAAACAGUAGGAUGAAUACAUGUUCUGAGGAAUGAAAGCCCUAGUCAGGUCAAUGGAAAAUAACACUCAUUUUCCAUAAAUUGUCUUACGGGCUGAAAGUUUGUAAGACGUUUUACAAUUUCUUUCUCACGUCUCUAAAAGCUUUCUCUCCAGGUACGAUUUGCUUCAAUAUUUGCUUCUCUCUUACAGAUUUUCUUCUUAUCUAAAAAUUUCCUUCAUCUUACUAAUUUUGUCCAAGUUUUGGUCUUAAACCCUAAACCCAAAUUCUUUCAUCUUUGCCUCUCUUCAUGGGUUUGAUUUUGUUGUUUGCUUCUUAUAUAUAUAUAUAUGCAUGUGUGUGUGUGUGUAUUCCCUUUAAUCUCUUUCACUCUCAUACUUCUUUGUGUUUCUCUUUUUAAAAUUUUUGGUUCUUGCUUGAUAAUUUGAUACACUAUUUUUCAUAGAUUAUAAGUUGUUUAUAUAUAUACUUUCUCUAUUUAUAACUAAAACCCCAUGGAUCUAACACUCAAAAUCCCGUAAAAGCAUUGAUCUUUUGAAUGGAUUUUAAUUUUAGUCCAAAUUGGAGUCCGUUUGAUCUACUUUCUCAGUUUACAUUCUUUGCCAUAGUUUUGUUUAUCUAAUUUUGUGUGUUACUAAAGUCAGGAUGAAGGGAAAGAUUCGAAUUUAGAAAAUAAGGAUGGAAUUGAAAGGCUAAUUGGAUAUAGAAGAGUUAUCUAGGUAAUUGUUUUCAUUUUCAAUAUAGUCUUAGGUGACAUGUUUGUGAAGUUGAAUCAAAACAGAAGAAAGUUGGCAGUCAAUGCUAAUUGUGAGAUAUCUUGGGAGAUAAAGUUUUCGCUGUGUGGGAAGAGAGAGCGAAUCGAAUACCAUUUGAGGCAAGAGUGAAGAUAGCUUUGGAUACAGGGGUUGCAGGAGUAUAGCAAGUAUCUUCAAUUGUGAGGUAUCCUAGAGAUAAAAUUUCUGCUACAAUCCCAUGAAUGCUUCUGUAUUAUUAUUAUUAUUAUUAUUAUUAUUAUUAUUAUUAUUAUUAUUAUUUGUUUA